AUGGAUGGAAAGGCUCCAUUCCUCCCGUUUAUAUCCCGGUUCUCUCAGACGGCAGCUCCAGCUACCACACGACAGACCCUACGCAUAGGCAAUAUCCAAUGGAAUAUACUAGGCUCUGCUACGUUGCUAACUCCAAACCCAUCUGCAGUGGUAUGUACUACCCGUGCACUCUUCGUUUUCUUUGUGCCUAAUGAUAAGCAGACCCCGGAUAGUAUUCUAUCAAAACUCCCCUCAUUCAGCUCCCAACUCCAUCCCGACAGCCAUGUUCCUCUCCUCCUCGUUACACCAGCAUUUGCCCAAUGGCUAGAAAAAGAUCAUACAUUCAUCCCGAAGUUACUACAUCACUGCUUCCGAGAAGCUGCUGCAGCCGAGAACCUCGAAAUAUGCUCAGUGGAAGCGGUUGUGGAUAAACUACCUGUCCCUACCAACAUUAAACAUAAUGGUAUGGAAGGACUGUCGCUGGCGAUUGUCAACUGGGGCGCUAUAUCGGGAAAACUAGUGCCUCAAAGAGGCAUCGAGAAUAUCUCCCCUUCUCAUAUUGAGCCGAAGCUCUCGAUUUCUAUCCGCGACCCGUCAACAAGUACGGAGCUUGAAGUUGGAAUGCCCAUGGCCAACACGCUUUUCACCACUGGUAGGCCGUAUACAAUGCAUGCAUCGAGAUGGAAGUCUACAGAGUCUAUUGAAGAUGUUCCUCGGAUUACGGAUAGACGUGACAUUCGGACAUGUAGGGUUGAACUACGGACGAAGUCAACGCUCAAGUCUCUUGACGCACCGUUGCAUCCUGUCACCGAGCCCAGGAUAGUCGCAGAAUGUAUGGGUAAUAUACUCAAGACUGUUUCCAAGGAGUCGAGUUUAAAGAACGAUGUCCCAGCAUCUGCAGAGCUAGAAAAGGCUAUACCACAGUAUAUUCAAGACCACAAACUCGAGAGUCAGAGACUAGCUGUGUGGGCUAUGGUGACGCCUAAGAGCAUAGCGCGAACCCAUAUUGGAUCUCCAUCUGGCAGCAGCAUUGAUAUAUCGGCUUCCCUGAAAAGGGGUUCACGACUUUACCGUGUGAUGAGCGGUGGAGGUGGAUGGGGCAAGAAGAAAGGCCUGCUCUCUCUUGAUCCCGAGUACUCAUAUGACGACGAGGAGCCAAUAUCCAAUCUUGUCUCUAUACACGAAAUAUUCGACGAGGAUGUUUCUGAGAAGCAUAGUGACGAUGCCAUUCUGUUCAACGUGCUGGAGAACACACCUAAAUUCACAGACGUUGACGGAUUGAUGAUGAGUCCAUUACGGGAGGUUGUGACGACCGGCGACAUCGUGCAGUUCUUUGUUGCUUCUUUGGAUAAUAAGCUAGCCAAGGCAACUUUGCAAUCGGAGUCUUCGGCCAUGCAUAAAGACACUGCAAAAGACACUACUGUUUUGGACUUCUCUGUCCUACCUGCUCCUACUGACGCUCCUGCCUCGUUGCCCAGCGAGAUGCUUCAGAAUGGUUCUAAGAAGCUAGAUGACAUUAUUGUCGAGGCUAAUAAGUUCGGAGCUUCCUCCGAGAAAUCUAUGGUCUAUGCUAGGACAGCGGGUGAUUUGACGGGAGAUCGGGUCCAAGCCUCAGGCACCAAAAUUGACACCCCUGGUGCGAGGCUGGUAGUUGAAAUACCGUCUGAAGAGCCUUUCUUUAGAAUGUAA